CCUCUUCUCUUCUUCAUCUACUUUCGGAAGGGAUCGAUCUGAUCUUCCAGGAAUCACACGAACGAAACCUAACUCAGGUGUGUAAACUGAGAUUUCUUGAGAUAUAUCCAUGGCUGGACAGACUGAUCCUCACAUCUCACUGUUUUCUCCUGAAGAGGUUGAGUUUAUGGGAGAGGAUGAACUGGUGGAGAUUGUUCCCAAUAUGAACAUGGAGCCGCUCAACUUCAUCGCUGGGGAUUUUGGUCGGUUCGUUCCUCAGAUUCCGACACAAGUGCCUCUGUGGCUUGCUGUGGCAUUGAAGCGGAGAGGCAAAUGCACUUUCCGGCCACCACAGUGGUUGUCUGUUGACAAUUUGACUCAGAUUCUGGAAGCGGAACGGGAACCUCAGUCGAAAUUUCAGCCGUUACCAUUUAGUUAUGUGGAGAUUGCUAGACUGCUUUUUGAUCAUGCACGUGAUGAUAUUCCAGACAUGUAUAUGGUAAGAUCGUUAGUUGAGGAUAUUAGAGAUGUGCGGCUUCACAAACUCGAGAAUAACUUGGGCUCAUUUCAAGGUACAUCUGCAGUAAAGAUGGAUAAUGUAUCGGCAAUGGAAGUGAACCUAGUCCGCCCAUUUGCUAGAAGAGCCUUAGAAGCGUUUUAUAAGCAUGACAAGCCAGAGGCUGAUACAGCAGACAGAGACACUAGAAGUAGUAGACAACCCCGUGAAGCUAACAAUGAGCCAAGGAGACCUCUAAGGCAACGCUAAGGAGCUACCCUUGCUUAAGUGAGAAUAAUUCAGGUAUCGUCUCUGCCAAAAUAUAUGGAGCUCCCCGAGAAGUGAGAACACCAACAGCAUCUAUGUCUGUGUCUUAACUAUAUUCCCUUGUUUCUCUUGUUCUGUUACAUACGCUUUUGGUAUUAUUAAACAUCUUUGCGAGUUGUAGAUGGAACCCUUAUUGUUUCAUUUCAAGUGUCAUGCAACACCCAAUGAAAUACACAUGUUGCAUGUGGAGUCAAAG